AUGUGGCCUUUGAGAACGAAAUUUGCAGAUAGAAUGGUGAAGUGUCAGAAUUCUGUUUCCCGUAGCUUUAGUUCUGCGUUCGUGCCAAAGCACAAUCCAGUCAGUGUGGAAGAUUUUAGCAAACUUGUUACAUUCAUUGAGACGUCGCAGAAGAUUGCUGUGCUUACUGGAGCAGGAGUAUCGACGGAAAGCGGCAUUCCUGAUUAUCGCUCGGAAAAUGUUGGCUUAUACGCUCGCUCAUCUUCGAGACCCGUCCAGUUUCAAGAGUUCUUGAAAAGUGCUGAAGUUCGUAAAAGGUAUUGGGCUCGCAACUUCAUUGGGUGGCCCAGAUUUUCGUCAUUUUCGCCCAAUGCUACGCACUACGCUCUACGUGAUUUGGAGGUAAUACACCAGAAAAUUGGUUGUGUUGUUACUCAGAACGUAGAUGGCCUUCAUACGAAAGCCGGAAGUAAUAAUGUUGUUGAACUCCAUGGCACGGCAUAUAGAGUAAUUUGCCUAAACUGUGACUAUAAUGUCAGUAGAAACACAUUCCAGGAAAUUCUUCAACAAAUGAAUCCAAAUAUGAAAGCUUCCACGAAAGUGAUACGACCAGAUGGUGAUGUUGAACUGACUCAGGCUGAAGCAGAAAAUUUCCGAGUCCCAGAAUGCCCAUCAUGCGGAGGCAUACUUAAACCAGACAUCAUAUUUUUCGGUGAAAAUGUUCCAAGAAUGCGUGUAGAAACUGUAAAAAGUGUUGUGGAAGAUUCUGACUCCUUGCUAGUACUAGGCUCAUCACUUUCUGUUUUCUCGGGGUUUAGAAUUGUCCUGCAAGCUGCUGAGCUGGAGAGACGUAUUGCAAUUAUAAAUAUUGGCAAGACAAGGGGAGACAGCUAUGCACAUACAAAACUCAAUGGCAAGUGUGGAGACAUUGUACCAAGACUGUUAGAUCUUUUGUACUGUUUCAGCAAGUAGCAUUUUUGUCACUGGUAACUAAUGUUUUUGUAGAGACAUAUUGAAAUACACAUUUGACUGUUUAGUGUUGUAAA